GAGGUGGGGGUAGACAGAGAGAGAGAGAGAGAGAGAGGGAAGAGAGAUAGAGAGAGGCAGCCAAUGCGCAGCGCUGCAUCUCGCUUGCGAGAGAGCAUGAGAAAGAGCGAGAGAGCAUGAGAGAGGGAGAGAGAGAGAAAGCGGGAGCGUGGAGAGACAGAGAGAGAGAGAGAGACUCUGGCAUUCGCGCUCAGGCAGCCGGAUUGAAAGCUGUGCGGAUUGGGGAUCGCUGUAAUGCCGCUGGAUCUUAGCAGCCUGUCCGUGCCCGCUCUCACCGCUGCAGCCGGCUGCGUGUGACGCCCCCUGUGGCUGCUGCUGACCGUAGCCGGGCGCGAGAGCGUGCGCGAGGGGCUCCAGCCUUGGAGCGAGGACCCCCUGGGUCGGGGUGGGGGCCGUAGAGGGCCAGGCAGGCGGCCAUGAGCGUGCCACUGCUGAAGAUCGGAGCGGUGCUUAGCACCAUGGCCAUGGUCACCAACUGGAUGUCUCAGACGUUGCCCUCGCUAGUGGGGCUGAACGGCACCACCGUUGCACGAGGGGGCACCUCGGAGAGGAUCGUCAGUGCCCUGUACCCGAGCCCGGAGGAGGGCUGGCAGAUCUACAGCUCGGCGCAGGAUGCAGAUGGGAAGUGUAUCUGCACGGUGGUGGCGCCGGCCCAGAACAUGUGUAACCGAGACCCUCGCAGCAGACAGCUCCGCCAGCUCAUGGAGAAGGUUCAGAACAUCACUCAGUCCAUGGAGGUGCUGGACCUGAGGACGUACCGGGACCUGCAGUACGUCAGGGACACGGAGAACCUGAUGAAAACGGUGGACGGCAGACUGAAGACUGCCUCGGAGAACCCUCGUAGCCUCAACCCCAAGAGCUUUCAGGACCUAAAGGACAAGGUGACUCAGCUGCUCCCCCUGCUGCCGGUGCUGGAGCAGUACAAGACGGACGCUCGGAUGAUCCUGCGGCUCAGGGAGGAGGUGAGGAACCUGUCGCUGGUGCUGAUGGCCAUCCAGGAGGAGAUGGGAGCCUACGACUACGAGGAGCUUCGCCAGAGGGUCCUGCUGCUGGAGACACGCCUGCACUCCUGCAUGCAGAAACUCGGCUGUGGAAAGCUGACGGGUGUCAGUAACCCCAUCACCAUCCGCGCCUCGGGGUCUAGGUUUGGCUCCUGGAUGACGGACACCAUGAUCCCCAGCUCUGAUAACAGGGUGUGGUCGAUGGACGGCUACCUCAAAGGACGGCGAGUGCUGGAGUACCGAACGCUGGGCGACUUCAUGAAAGGCCAGAACUUCGUUCAGCACCUGCUCCCGCAUCCGUGGGCCGGUACGGGUCACGUGGUCUACAACGGCUCGCUUUACUACAACAAGUACCAGAGCAACAUCCUGAUCAAGUACCACUUCCGGUCCCGCAGCGUCCUGGUGCAGCGGAGCCUGAGCGGCGCCGGCUACAACAACACCUUCCCGUACUCGUGGGGCGGCUCGUCCGACAUCGACCUCAUGGCUGACGAGAACGGCUUGUGGGCGGUGUACACCACCAUCCCCAACGCCGGCAACAUCGUGAUCAGCCGCCUGGAGCCGCAGAGUCUGGAGGUUCUGCAGACGUGGGAUACCGGCUUCCCCAAGCGCAGCGCCGGCGAGUCCUUCAUGAUCUGCGGCACGCUCUACGUCACCAACUCGCACCUCGCCGGCGCCAAGAUCUACUUCGCCUACUACACCAACACGUCCUCCUACGAGUACACGGACAUUCCCUUCCACAACCAGUACUCACACAUCUCCAUGAUGGACUACAACCCGCGGGAGCGUGUGCUCUACACCUGGAACAACGGCCACCAGGUGCUCUACAACGUCACACUCUUCCAGGUCAUCAAGACCUCCGAGGACUGAGCGUUGACCAGGAAUCGAGCGCAUCCACGCGAACAAACAGCAACAUUAAACACUUACAACACUUACACACAACACACACACACACUCAGUCUCACACACCACCACUACCACCACCACAUACAGUAUAGGUCAAAAGUUUGGACACACCUUCUCUCUUUUUCAAUGCGUUUUCUUUAUUUUCAUGACUAUUUACAUUACAGUAGAUUCUCACUGAAGCAUCAAAACUAUGAAUGAACACAUGUGGAGUUUUAUGUACUUAACAACAAAAAAAAUGAGCUGAACCUCCACAGUCACCGGACCUGAACCCAAUCCAGAUGGUUUGGGGUGAGCUGGACCACUUAGGGUGCUUUUCCACCAGCAUGGUGCCCGUGCUGGUGCUGGUGCUGGUGCCAUGUUCCCGAACGAUUCUUUGCGUUUCCACCUCAAAAUCACAGGUUCUGGGCCAGAAAAGCCGGUUCCGUUCUGGUCCGGAACCAGCGAACCUGUGACGCAAGCUGCCAAAAGGGCGGGGCUUUAAAGCGUAUCCAGGGCAAAGUUGUUUAAAAAAAAGCAGCAGAAGCAGCUAAAUGAAUGAAAAUGAAAAUGAAUCAACAGUGGUCCACUGAGGAUAGCAGCUCAAGUUUAAAAAAAAAAAAAGGAGCUCGGGUUCCGCCAUGUUGUUUUCAAAUUGCCCAUUGACUUCUGUUGACGCCCACAUUCACAUACGUAGUGAGUGACUCUUUGAAGCAGUGGAAACACGGGCCAAUUCUUAAAAGGUUCGAAGGGUUCGCAGGCACCGGCUCCGGCACCAGCACUUUUUAGGUGGAAAAGAGGUAAGAGUGAAGAAGGCAAUGGGCCAACAAGUGCUAAUAAACACCUCUGGGAACUCCUUCCUUCAAGACUGUUGGAAAACUUUUCAUUUCAGGUGGCCACCUCUUAAUGAAGCUCAUUGAGAGAAUGAUGCCAAGAGUGUGCAAAGCAGUAAUCAGAGCAAAGGGUGGCUAUUUUGAAGAAAUAUUGUUAAUAAGUUAUUUCACCUUUUUCUUUGUUAACUACAUAAAACUCCACAUGUGUUCAUUCAUAGUUUUGAUGCUUCAGUGAGAAUCUACAAUGUAAAUAUCAGUCCUGAAAAUAAAGUUGCAUUGAAAAAUGCAUUGAAAAAGAGAGAAGGUGUGUCCAAACUUUUGGCCUGUACUGUAUACACCAAACAAACACACACAUCAAUCCACAUACUGACAAGAAAACAAAAAAAAAACAAAAAAAAAAAAAACAAGGAGGAGGACGGAACUGAAGCUUAGACUUUUUUUACAUUUCGAUCUUCAUAGAGUGCUUUUAUUCACGACAUCCUGUGAAAAGCGGUUGAGAUAAACGUGGACUGAGCCUUUUUGCCUCUUCUCUUUUUUCUUUCUUUCUUCCUUCUCUGUGAUGAGUCAGCAUGAUACUGUUCUUUUUAUUUGUGACAAGAGAAAAGAAAAGUGAAUAAACGUCGACCUUUAA